GUCUGACUUGACGCCCCCUCUUCGGUCCUUGCGUUGGGGUGAAGCCGCAUAAAAUCAUUUCCACAAUGCGGGCUUGACGUGCUUCAUGUAGUGAAACGGAGGAGAUCCAGGAGAAGGACAGCCGAGGGUUACCGGCUUUACAUCGGGCUGUCAGUUAGGCACCGGGGGAAUAAAAUGUCGAACCGUAAGCACCGGGACAACCAGGAGAUCUGCGCCCGCAAGGUCCGGGAGCUGGCCCAGUCUGGAGUAAACAAACACUGCUUCGAGUGCAACCAGCCCGGGGUGACAUACACCGACAUCACGGUGGGCAGCUUCGUCUGCACGUCGUGCUCCGGAAUGCUGAGAGGCCUCAACCCUCCCCAUAGAGUCAAGUCUAUCUCCAUGACAACCUUCUCCCAACAGGAAGUGGAAUUCCUCCAAAACCAUGGCAACGAGGUUGGGAGGAGAACGUGGCUGUGCGUUUUUGACCCAAAGACAGACGGCUGCUCCGACAUGAAGGACUCUCAGAAGUUCAAAGAGUUCCUGCAGGACAAAUUCGAGAAGAAAAAGUGGCAUUAUACCAAAAGUAAGAACCGGAGGGAUGUUGAGGGUCCAUGGAGCCCGGGGGUCCAAGCAGUGCCCCCUUCCCUUGGUCCCUUAGUGAGCCAGGCUCCCUCCCAUAACCUGCCCCCUAACGCAAGAUCCACUCGGCCAAUGUCUCAGUCCCAGCUGCCGUCAUGGGAUCGAGCUCCUGCAAUCUCGCCCGCUGACAUGCGGACGGAUGUGUUCACCGCCCGGCCAUCGCGCUCCCAAAGCUUCAGAGACCCCUCUCUGAAAGAUCCCACCCUGUGCGGGAUAGAGAGACAGCGGCCAGGCUCCCUGUCGUCUGCGCUGGGAGCUCAGAGCCACGUCCCCUCCUUCCCCGCCCUCCCGCGGCCAUCAGCCAGUAGCUCUUUCAAAAACCACUUCACUUUAGGUCGCACAGUAUCGGCCUCGGGGACCUCUGGGCCCUUCAGGGCCUUCCCCAAGUCUCUCAGCGUGGACUUUGGAGGUUUGAACCAUGCUCAGCAGCAGCAGCAGCCUCUGCCCCAGUCUCUGUCCCAGCAGCAGCCUGGGAGUGCCAGCCAGACGACACAACCCGUCGGCAGCUCCAACGCCCAGGACAGAUACGCUGCUGUGUCACAUCUGGACAGUGUCUUCUGUGACACAUCAACGGUCGCAGCUCCACCUGUUGGCCCUCCGCAGUACAACACCAUCUUCGGCAACAGGCUCUCUUCCAGCUCAACUCCUGCCAGUUCCCCCGGUGUCGACACAGUCUCCAGCUCCCAAACUUUUGCAAAUUUCCCCAACCCAUUCAGCUCCAGCUCCAGUUCCAUCUCCGGCUCUGCUUCCCAGCAGCCCAUUGCCAUCUCACCCAGUAACCCCUUCAGCAAUGCAUCAGGAGGUGACUCCAGUGCGUUCGUCACCUCGCCCACCGCGGUUUUCCCUACGUCCGCCUCCUUCCCAGCACCCAACACCCAGAGUGCAUUUCAUCAUGAAUCAGCCAGCAACCAGGAAGCCAAUGGCUUUGCCUCCUUCCCUGCGCCCGACUCUCAGCCCAAAGUCCCUCGGCCCAUGUCAGUGAACCCGUUUACGGGGAAUGUUUACCCCAGUCGAGGGACGUCGCGAAACCCUUUCAUCUGACCCCCCCUCUCCUCACUUUACCCAACCCGUUCAUCUCUGGGAGCAGAGGGAGAAGUGAACUUGAGGAGUCGCUGCCAUUUCAAUGCCUCUGUAGUAUUCUCAACCUCUAAGGGAGGGUUUGACGUCCUCCCUCUCCUCUCUUUAUCCCCCCUCUCUGUCUGUGUUUACGUGUUUGUGGAGAAAAAGAAAUGUGUGAAUGCAAUUAUGAAAUUUGUGUACAGUAUGUAUGAGAUUGGUCGCCUGCUGUGUUUGUACCACGUGACAUUAUGUCAAAAGGUGUUUGUGUGUCAGUGGACGCCACCUCAGGGCUCUGUGGGAGUCACGAGUAAACAACGCUUCUAGGAUUUUUUGCAGAAACACACACACACACACACUUAUACAGGAAUCACACAUACACACACACAUGUUGCUGCUGCUGCUACUUUGUUUUCAUCUCCUGCUUAAAAGUGCAAAAAAACAGCCCUUGAUAAACUCAUCAGCAUUUCUUUUACAGAUGGUUAUAACAGCCUUAACAGCCUCCUGAUGCAUGUGAAUUAGCGUUGAAAGAUAAGACCGGCUUUUCUGUGUGAUGGGUGUGUGGAACAUGUUUGCAUUUGUCACUGUUUUUUUUAUUCUCAGUUCAUCCUUUUGAAGGAUUUUCAACUUUCCAUUUUCUAGGCUGCAUGUGCUUUGAGGGCUAAAGGAGAUUCUACUGAAUGUAAAAGCAAUUUCAGAAUAACUUAAAUGUGUAUAAAAACUUCAUGGCUUUCACAAUCUGGACCAAAAUGUUUUUUGCUUGAUUUUUUUUUCUUUCUUUUGAUUGAAGGCAAAGUUAAUUUCCCUCAUUUUACCAAAAAGAAAAGAGAGAUUCAUGUUUUUGUAUUGACAAGUAUUCAUGUUCAUAAAAUCAGUUUGUUGCUUCUUAA